CCAAAACUCAAAACCCCUAAAACCUUAGACAAGCUUGUCUAAGCCUAAAACUAUGCUAAAAACCAAUCACCAAUAACCUAAUCUGUGCAGAAUUGAUUGUUAUAAAAAUAAUUAUAGCUAUUAUUAAAGCUUAAUUUAUUUAAUAUUUGUAUGUUUAGAUAACAGCUACUUAGUUGUACUCAAAAUUAUAUGAAAAAUGGCCACUUCAAAGACAACAAAUACGUACAACAGACAAAACUGGGAAGAUGCUGAUUUUCCUGUGUUAUGCCAGACUUGUUUAGGUGAUAAUCCAUAUAUUAGAAUGACAAAAGAAAAGUUUGGAAAAGAAUGCAAGAUCUGCUCACGUCCAUUCACAGUAUUUCGUUGGUGCCCAGGAGCGAAAUUUCGUUUCAAGAAAACAGAAGUGUGUCAGACAUGUAGUAAGCUUAAAAACGUGUGCCAGACUUGUUUGUUAGAUUUAGAAUAUGGUCUACCCAUUCAAGUGAGAGAUGCCGCACUAAAGUUAAGGGACGACUUGCCUAAGAGUGACGUCAAUAAGGAAUACUACAUUCAGAACAUGGAGAACGAGCUGGCGAGAUCAGAUCCAGACUCAAUCAGCAGUAAACUGAGUGAACCAAAUGAUCUUCUGAUGAGAUUAGCCAGGACAGCUCCAUAUUACAAGAGAAAUAGGCCCCAUGUGUGCUCUUUCUGGGUAAAAGGGGAGUGCAGGAGAGGAGAAGAGUGUCCCUACAGGCAUGAAAAGCCCACAGAUCCUGAUGAUCCAUUAGCUGAUCAAAACAUCAAAGACCGUUAUUAUGGAGUGAACGAUCCAGUAGCUGAAAAACUAUUGAAGCGAGCAGCUGCAAUGCCAGCCCUUCCUUUACCGGAUGACAAAACCAUAACGACCCUGUAUUUAGGAAAUCUGGGACAUUUAACAGAACAGGAUAUCAGGGAUCAUUUUUACCAAUAUGGUGAAGUCCGUUCCAUCAGCUUAGUGCCAAAACAGCAGUGUGCCUUCGUCCAAUUCACCACCAGGUCUGCAGCAGAAACAGCAGCCGAAAAAACCUUCAACAAACUGAUUCUCGGCGGAAGACGAAUCACCAUCAAAUGGGGGCGCUCUCAAGGCCGUACCGGACCUUCAUCAAUCGCACACCACGCUGAAAACUACGAACCUGUCCCCGGAUUACCCGGAGCAUUGCCCGAACUAAGCAAUAACUUCUUCAAUCUGGAACCGGGUCAUAUUCCUUUACCGAAUAUGCCUCCUCCUUCUUCUAUCAUGGUCCCUCCACUAUUCGCUCCCCCUCCUAUACCUCCAUUCUUCUUCAAUGCUCCACAGUUGCCGCCGUUUAGUACUCCUGCGCCAAGUACUAGCACUAGCUCCAGUGUUAGUGAACCUGUAGUGGUACCCAAACCGGUUCACUAUCCCAGUCAGGAUCCAUCCAGGUUGGGAGCUACACAACAGAUACAGGAAUAAUAAAUUAUUCGCUCACGGUAAAAUAUUGCAAAAUCUCUGGAUUUUAAAGAACCGCUUGGAUUGACAUGAAAUUUGGCAUACACAUAGCUAAUAUGCCAAAGAAAUAAGGGAUAAAAAUGAAUAAACAUUUUCAAUUUUGUUGCAACCUGAAACUGCAGCCGUAUCAUAUUCUAGUUUAAUCAGAAAGUACAGCAAGUAUCUCUACCGGUUUCGGGGCUAUUUAGCCCUUCAUCAGGAGAUACAUAUGCUCUUCUCUCUGACUGAACCAGGAUAAAACUCCGCGUGCAGUCACGCAUUGCAACGAAUGAAGUGGCAGGGAUGCCUUAGGAACACCGGCUAGAAAAAGACUAAUGCUGGGUUUCAUAAUCAGUUAAAGUGGACUUUAAAUUUUAAGUUGGUACCUUUAUCAAUGCAAUUCCUAUUGGUAAAUGUCAACGUUAAUGUUCACUUUAAGUUGAUUAUGAAACCGGGCGUUAGUUUUCAAUCUAAUAGCAUAUAAAACAAUAUUUAAAAUAUUUUAUUGUAUUUUUAAAGACAGAUUACAUGCUAUGAUUUUUUGUGGUGGAUAUUUUUGAGUUGAGGUUGAUUUCAUGUAAUCGAAUGAACUAUAUUUUGGUAAAGUCGUCCAAGGAACGCAACUCAUCAAUAUUGGCAAUACCAUUUUAAAGUCUUCUACUUUAAAAUGUAUAAUAUAUGUCUGAAUUGCCGAUAUAAAUGAGUCAGAUUAAAUAAAUUAUUAGAAGAAUUUUUUACUAAGCAACAACAUUUUUGUUUAAUCUAGUAUUAUUUUGUAUUUUGACAACGACACCCGACUUGGGCGUCGAAACGUUAAUAAAAUAAUUUUUUUGGUAAAAUUGUGUAAAAUUGGUAAAAAACUUAUUUCCCAUUGAAAAUAGUUGAUUAUAAAAAUGUCGCAAGAAAAUAGCUUCAGAACAACAUUUAAAAUAUUAUUUUACAUCCUACCAUUCUCUGGUUACACUAUCCGAGGCUUCUAAAAAUGCAAGCCAUACGGAUACACAGACUAAAGGAAGAUGGGGGAAUUUUACAAUUUAUAAUUCACAUCCCAUCUGCUCAGCGCGGCAAAGGAUGUGAAUUAUGAAUUGCAAAAUUCCCUCAUCUUCAUUUAGUCUCAGCAUCCGUAUGGUUUACAUUUUUAGAAGCCUCGGAUGGUGUAACCAGAGAAGGUUUCCAUUGUUUUCAAUUUGGUAGCAUGUAAAAUAAUAUUUUAAAUGAGUGAAAAUAAUUUCGACCACAAGUCCAGUAUUCUGUUAACCGAGGUACAAUAGUACCAAGCGGCGCCGCACAGUGUUCAAAAUUGAAGGAAACGUGAUCGUAAGUACAAAAAAAAUAAA